AUAGUCUUGAGCGCAUCUGAUCACCUCGCCGGCAAGAGAAAACCCUUUAUCUAACCCUUGCAAACCCUAGAUCUUACCUCCUUCUCAAUUCGCUGUCUGCCACCUCCUCUUUUAUCCCGGCUACUGAGAUCCCCCGAAAAUGCCGUUCAAGAGGUAUGUGGAGAUCGGACGAGUUGCUCUCGUAAACUACGGAAAAGAUUAUGGGAGGCUUGUUGUUAUCGUCGACGUUAUCGAUCAAAAUAGGGCUCUUGUUGAUGCCCCUGAUAUUGUAAGGACCCAAAUGAACUUCAAAAGGCUUUCUCUCACAGAUAUCAAAAUUGAUAUCAACAGGGUUCCUAAGAAGAAAACUCUGGUUCAGGCCAUGGAGGCAGCUGAUGUGAAGAACAAAUGGGAGAGCAGUUCCUGGGGCAGAAAGCUGAUUGUGCAAAAAAGAAGAGCUUCGCUGACCGACUUCGACAGGUUUAAGCUCAUGCUGGCAAAGAUAAAGAGGGGUGGAAUCAUCAGGCAGGAGCUGGCAAAGCUCAAAAAGGGGAGUGCAGCAUGAGUUUGUACUUUUUUGUUAUUCCAGCUUUUUUUUCAAGUGGUUCUCAGUUCUGGAUAGUUUUCUAUAUUGUACUGAUAGGUAGAAGGAACCAUUGAUUCUUGGGACUUCUAUUUAAAUCAUUAUUUUGACAGUUUAGUUCUACAAAGGAUAUCUUUUAAAGGUUUUCAUAGCCUGCAUUUUGCCUGAUACAUAUGACGUAGCUUGCUCCAUGCAUCUUGUCUGA